CGUCAGCAGUAAUCUUUUAAAAAUGAUACAAUUAAAAACCUAGCUUACUUCACUGAUUUUUUCUCGACAGGUUACAACAUUGCUAAAAGGAGAUGUCAGUUUUUCCGAUUUGCUACACAUUUCGAAGGAACUGCGAAAUAUCCUUGACCCCAAAGUUGACAAGAUUUACGCAGGAGAUAUAUUUGUGGCAGUUGAUGUCAUGGACACUCUAAAUCAACAGAUCAGCGCUACAAUGACCAAUGUCACUAAACAAGAGUUAUCUGAUUUUCUGCAGAACAUGGCCGGCAGUGUAAGCAAUCUACUCCACCCAGAAAACAGACAGGCCUGGAAUGGCAUGGAUAAGAUUGCUCUCAAAGCUACAGAGAUGGUGUCAGUUUUAGAAGAUAGCACUGCAGCCGCUGCUAACCAACAGCUUCAAGACAUGUUAAACAACGCCAUUACAGACCCAGACAAGUUUCGUAAUCUUAGCAUAACAGUCAAAGUCCCCCAUGUUGAGAUAACCAUUGACGUCAUUGAGAUGAUUAAGUUCAAAGGUCUUUCACUUUCGAUGAUGCGCAACUUGUCCGUGGAUGGUGGAAAUGGAUCGGUCAUUAUAAAUCAGAUUACUUUCCCACCUUCCUUAUUUGAAGAUGCACUCAGCGAAAAGUUAGCCUCAGGAUUCUAUACCAGCCUUGGCUGUUAUAGCGACAAUGAUCAAGACCGAGCAGUACCUACCAUGGAGGGCACACAUCAGUUGUUAAAAGAAAGCUUUCUUACUCGCAAGGAUGCUGUAGCAAAGUGUGCAGAGGUGACCAGGAGUCGUGGAUGGAAGGUAUUUGCUGUUCAAGAUGGCGGCUGGUGCGCCUCAAGUCCCACUGCUCAUUUGACGUACAACAAAUACGGGACCGCAGUGAAUUGCGUUGAUGGAAAAGGAGGAAUGUUCGCUAACGAUGUUUACAUCAUCAAUGCAUACUACACAGGCGUUUGUUCGAUAUUUUACACGAACUUGGAGGAUUUAUUAACGUCGGAUCCUCUGCUAGAAAUAUGGUCUUUGGAGGAAAUGGGCGCACAGACGCCCUAUAACAAAUCCAAGCUUAACUCCAUUAUUAUAUCGGGAAAAAUAGUGUCUGAACAGCAGAAGUUUUAUCAGUCACUGUCAGAUCCAAUAGAAUUAGUAUUUGAACACUUGGAUACUAAUGACACGACACCUGUCCUUUGUGCUUUUCUUAACAUGGAUUCGGAUGGUCCGGAUGAUCGAUGGUUUGACUAUGGAUGCUAUAUGUACCAAACAAACAAAUCCCACACUGUGUGUCACUGUUCACAUCUCACCAACUUUGCUCUCCUCUUCGAUUACCGUGGCUCUCCGGUAAGACGUGCUCUGCGCUCAGAAUAGAAUUAUACCUUGUUAUUUUAGCCAUCAGUGAGCAAUGUUUGUGCCUUUCUAAAUAGUCGAUGCAAAGGUCUUUCUUCACUGAAUAGACUUUAUUCCCUUAGUCGGCCGAAAACUUGUUACGCCUGAAUACGUGACGGAGUUCGGUGGCAAUGCUUUCUAGCGCUCUGUUGUGAAAAAAUAAUAAUAUAUAUUUCCACAAAAUUACCUUGUGACAAUCACGAAACAACGAUUGGGAAUUGUCCAAUGCACGAUAUUGACACUAAGAUUUUUACAACGUAAAUAAUGUAUCACUGCCAAUUACUUUCUACCUUACCUAGAAUUAAUAGCUAUGAAUGUAAAGU